AUGACAGUCGGUCUUCUCCAAUUGGCCAUCACCAAGGCUGAUUGUCCAGAAACGUGCUCGUGCAAAUGGAAGGGUGGCAAACAAACUGUAGAAUGUGUGAAUGCCUCGCUCUCGGCCAUUCCAAACAUUGAAAAGGACACCCAAGUGCUGGAUCUCAGUCAUAACUAUUUACCCAUUCUGCCCAUGGAUAUCUUCCUGACGCUCCACUUGCCCAAUCUACAAAAGAUAUAUCUGGCUCGGAGUUCCGUGAAAACGGUCGCGGAUCAUUGCUUCAGGGGUUUGACCAAUUUGAUUGAGUUGGACCUCAGUCACAACGGGCUUUCGAGCGUCCCGCGCUUCACAACAGACGAUUGCAAAUAUCUGAUGCGGCUCUCCCUGAAGGGUAAUCAAAUCAGGGAAAUCCCGAAUGAGGCAUUCCUAGCCCUCCGUGACCUGAACAGCUUGGACUUGGGAGAAUGCGGACUUGAAUUCCUCGGGGAGACCACUUUCAGAGAUCUGGAGAACUUGGAAUAUCUUCGCCUCGAAAAUAAUCGUCUUCGUUCCAUGGACCCUGCCCAAAGUUUCCCACCUAAGCUCAGAGACUUGACUCUCCAUGGCAACCGUUGGCAUUGUGAUUGUCAGAUGCUCUCCAUGCAUCGAUGGUUGAGGAAUUUUAGUGUCCCUUACUCGGUGGAGCCCAAAUGCCAUUCGCCUCCCAGGAUUAUUAAUGAGGAAAUUACGAAGCUUCCAGACACGGAGUUUGCAUGCAUUCCCGAAGUUUCUCCCACUUCCAUGUAUCUCGAAGUCAUCGAAGGCAAGAACAUGUCCUUGGUGUGCUCAGUGAAGGCUAUCCCCGAGGCUCAAGUGGUUUGGCGAUAUCGAGACACGUAUAUCAAUAACGGCUCCACGCUAAUUGAUGACAUCGAUAUGCGUCACUAUUUCUACAUCCAGAGUGUGAUCAAACCCAGCCACAUCAAGAGUGAGCUCUUCCUAAGUUCCACAACCACGGAUGAUAAUGGAACAUUUGCUUGUAUCGCUGAAAACAAGGCGGGGCGGGCCAUGGCUCAAUUCACAUUGCACGUGGUGGUGCCAAUGCCACCCAAACCUCCCCAGGAUGUUGUGGAAGAGCGUUUCAACAUGGAAUACAUCAUCGCCAUUGUGAUUGCCGGAGCGCUGAUUGUGCUCAUUGCUUUUGUUAUCGUCACUUUAACGGCUCUACGUUGCAAAAGACAACGAGAAAAGCGAAGACGUAAGCGAAGCUUGGAGCAUCAACAACAGCAACAACAACAACAACAGCAACAACAACAACAACAACAGCAACAACAACAACAACAACAACACUCCAAUAAAGCACACUUGGUCAGAUCUAAGAGUGGAGGCGAGAUUAGUUGUGCUGACUCCUUGUCCACACAGAUGACUGCAUCAAUUACCUCGGGCAAUGUGCAUAUUUCAAGCAGCAAUACCAACGGCGGGCCAUCAUCCAAUGUGGUCAGUGCCAACCACCAUCAUCAUAAUAAUCAUCCUCAUCAUCUUUAUCACAAUGACUAUCAACAACAACAACAAAGCCAACAACAACAUCAAUCUCACUUAACAACAGCUUCCAAAUCGAACAGUCAGAGUUCGUUCACGGAUCUCACUUCCGACACGAAAACAUGUGCAACAACAAAAACCGACACCUCCUCCUCGUCGAUAGGUUCCUCCGCCUUCAGUAACACUAAUAAUAGUAAUGGUCUCAAUAAUUCCCAAUUGCUGACUCAGGGCUUCCCAUCCUCAACGGCGGCAGCCUCAGCUUUGUCCGGACGGGACGAAAUGAAGUUGGCCCUUUCCAAUGCCAUUAUGAUGACGGGCGACCAAGUGACUUCUGCGGGCAUUUCCUUGGAUGAACGGGAAGACAGUAAUAGCAGUGCUAGUCUCAAUGACGACCAGGAUAGUUAUCACGAGACCACACUCCACCAGCUCAGUCAUCUUCUGCCUCAGCAAAAGAUAAAGGCCUUGGCCGCCAGUGGAGCGAAAAGUGAUACUCACCACCAUCGGCACCAACAUUCAAACCCAACCCAUUCUCCACAUCCGAAGUACCCACAGCAGCAACAAAUCGUGCAGCAUGCCCAAGAGUUCCAGUCUAGUGGACGGCCGCCGUGUAGCCCCAGUUUUGAUUUGAUCCAAAGUGCACCCAAAGCAACUGGAGCAGUUCAAAGCCGCGGCUCCACGGCUCCAGGGCUCCAGUCUCAGCUGGUGGCUCUUUCACCUCCCACACCAUUUGCCGAUGAUUCAUAUUCAUCAAGUGGGGUGAAAGAUCAUUCGUCUUGCCUAAGGAGCCACAAUAACAAGUGUACUUCUCGAGUGCAAGGAGGCGAGAAAGCCCCACACCCCAAACACUUUACCAUGAAAAAGCAGUCCUCACAGCCAUCAUCAUCAUCAUCAUCAUCACCGUCGCCGGCAAACAACCUGAAAUCCAGUCGGCAAUGUCGGACGAUGCCUCGAAAACUCGCCAAAGAUGGGAGUCGAGUGCUGCCCCCACCUCCACAAUACAAGGGUGUGCACUUUGCACCCAAUGUUCGAAAUAACGAAGAUAAAUCCACUCCAAAUUUCGUCAUCCCCACUGAAGGUCUUCCGACUCGGCCGGCUCGAGGACAGCCGUCCGACCAUAUGGUGAUCAUUUCGUCCUCGUCGGAAACCGUUCCAAUUGUGGUGAGGAGCAAAAAUGGUCCCCCGACGAUGCUCAAGCCUUUCCAAACUAGUUCAUCCAUGACGUUCACCAGUAUUAAAGAUGAGAAUGGGCCCAUUCGAGGGGCCGAGGCACACGUGGUUGGAGAUCUAGUAGUAAAAGGAGGAGGUGGAGGAGAAGGAGGAGGAGGAAUAGUAGUAGUUUCGGAAGCUAAUAAAGAAUCGGCAACAGCCGUGACGGGGAAACCCGCUCCACUCAAGACCCAAGGCAAUGUGCAACCCUCAAAUCCUUGUCCAACGCUGCCAGCUCCUAAACUGGCUGUCAAUGGGUCUGCCAGGGACGAGAGUCUCGGCUCUCUGGGAAGUGAACAAAAUUUCAAUGAGAAUGACCUUCUGAACAAGACUCCUUUUGCCUCCUCGUCUUCCUCGUAGUCGCGGCCGGCCAAAGGCUGGGGUAAGCCUCUAACCGAGAGGGGUGGAAGGAACGCGUGGAACGGGCAACUCCGAGUCAAUUCGUUUCUGGUGGAGAACGACAUUUCAGAACGAGUCCCAGCCAAAAAAAGACUCCCUCUUUGGGCUCACAUACUUAACUGGUCCAGCUUUAUUGAGAUGAUUUCCUCGGAGUGGCCGACAU